AUUAAAGAUCAUAACGUAUUCGAGAUACUGGAACAUUGUCGGUGAAUGUAUACGUAGAGGAAAGAACAUAAAACUUAACUGCAAUUGAAAACAUUGAAGUACAAGCACCCCUAUAGCAACAUCAAAUACAAUUAUGCAAUAGUACGUAGGACGGCUCAGUCAUCAGUGCCAUGAGAAUGAAAUAUGAGUAAUAAAUAAGAAGCAUUAUUCCUGAAACUUAAAAGCUAUGCAGAUUAUCGGUGCUUUGAAGAAUAGAGAAAAAUUACCAAGAGUACUGAUUGCUGAUAAUAUUUGUACGGCAUUAUUAGCCAGCCAGAGUCUUUAAUGAUUAUAAUUCCAGACUAAGAAAUUCUUGGUGACAAGAAUGGUGGCGGCCCAAAAAGGGUAAAAAGGUCAAAAAUGGAAGUCAUUAAUGGACAUCAUUAACAACCAAACAGAAAACAGGUCAUAUUGGAAUCGCGAACUAGCUCCCCAGUGGCGUCAAUGGCGUCUUCUCUCCCCAGUUUUCACCAGUGCCUCUAUCUCCUAUCCUUCAUUCUUUUUCUUCGAAAGACAAUUUGAAAUUUCCUUCUCUUUUCGCUUCACCUGCUGCCCUUAGUAAUUUGUCUUCAAAGCCCAGCAACAUUUCUCUCCAAUUCCUUUCUCACAAACAGCCCCGACUUGUUAAUCCGAAACCAAGGUGUCUGACAGUAAUCGCAGUGGCUCCACCUAAGCCCGGUGGCAAAUCCAAGAAAGUGGUGGGAUUGAUAAAGCUGGCGCUGGAGGCAGGGAAGGCGACCCCAGCGCCGCCAGUAGGGCCAGCACUUGGUUCCAAGGGGGUAAACAGCAUGGCUUUUUGUAAGGAUUACAAUGCCCGGACCGCCGACAAAGCCGGUUACGUUAUUCCCGUCGAGAUUACCGUCAACGAUGAUAGAAGCUUUACUUUUAUACUGAAGACACCGCCUGCUUCGGUUCUGCUCCUUAAGGCAGCAGGUGUUGAGAAAGGUUCUAAAGACCCAAAGAUGGAGAAAGUGGGCAAGAUCACUAUUGAUCAGUUGCACACAAUCGCUGCUGAAAAGCUGCCAGACUUGAAUUGCAAGAGUAUUGAAUCAGCAAUGAGAAUUAUAGCAGGCACUGCAGCUAAUAUGGGAAUUGAUGUUGAUCCUCCAGUUCUUGAACAGAAAAAGAAGGAACUUGUUUAGACCUGUUCAUUCUUUGUUCCCUUGAAUAUUUUUAAGAAAUCAUAUUCGUGUAAUAGCAUCGAUUAAUUCUUUGAUCUGAUGCAUUUUGGUCUUAUAUUUGUGCGAGUAGGAUUUCUUGGAAUCCAUUGAUCGAAUAUUCAAUUACAUUUUAGAUGUUGGUAUUUAGGGGGUGUGCAAGUCCCAUUAAAAAAAUGGAAUCUAUCUAAAAAGGUUUCAUCUUUU